ACGGAUGCUGCUCUGAAGGAGACCAUUUGCAAAAGCAAGCAAGAGAAAUAACUAUUACGAAAGCUUCACAUGAAGAUCUGCCUUCUUUAAAUCUUGGGAAGAGAUACAAGGAACAUGGAAGCCAGGCGGGAAUUUCUCCCGAUACCCAAAGUCCAGCUGAAGCAAACAUUUUGGGUGACGGAAGACAGUAUGGCUAAACUGUUAACGGCGGGCGCCAAAUACGUGGACGCCGUCACACAGAAGAACCAUUACUAUGACACGGCUUCGGAUGAUCUAGCCAUGGCUGGACUGUGGCUAAGCCGAAGGGAUCAAGAGUGGUUUCUCAUAGUAGAAUCUCAGGAGGAAGGAACUCAAGAAAAGUUGGAGGAGCUAACUGAGGAAAAAGCUGCCAAUCCAUUCCCUGAUCCACGGGAAACUUUAUUCCAGAAGGUGAUCGACGACGUCCAGUGGGAAAACGCUCUUGCCUGUAGGAAACCAUCCAAACAGAAAAUGGAAGAGGCGGAGGCUCUGCUCAAAACCCAACAUCCACAGCUUGACUCGACGGCGGCAGAAACCGAAUGUCCGAAAUUUAGUUCUGCCUUCACCGAGUUGGUGGGCGAGAGCGAGAUCACCGCGUAUCUAGCGGCCCAUCUCCGCCUAGACGUGAACGCCGAGGGACGCGAAAAUGCAACCAUGGAAGGUUUUCUCCAGAACGUGGGCAUCGAACACUAUGCCAGCAACCACGUCGUUAAUCAAGCAACGUAUCUAUUGUCCGACAGGUAUACCGUUAUCGUUCAAAGGGGAGAAGGCUCUUUAAGGGACUCUGCGACGGUCGUGUUGGAGAUCGACGUGUUCAACAUUUGCCAAGGUUUGGAAGAGAUCGAAAAAUUGGCGGCCUACCUGGGGUUUGAACGGCAAGGAGUUCAGAGCGAGCGAGAAUUUAUGGCGGAGUGAGCCAGAGCUGUCCAAAUAUUAAAAAAAGGCAUUUCUUUACAAUUGCUUUCUAUGGGAGUGGAGCGGAAUGGAAUGGAAUGGAAUGGAAUGGAAUGGAAUGGAAUGGAAUGGAAUAGAAUAGAAUAGAAUAGAAUAGAAUAGAAUAGAAUAGAAUAGAAUAGAAUAGAAUAGAAAUUAUGAAUGGAAUGGAAUGGGAUAGGUUAGGAUAGGAUAGGAUAGGAUAGGAUAGGAUAGGAUAGGAUAGGAAAGAAUAGAAAUUAUGAAUGGAAUGGAAUGGAAUGGA